AUGCCGGCCGCAUGCAAAGGCGGCGGCAACGUACAAACGCCGCCCUGGACAGCAAACGCGACACCGACAAUAAGUCGUGCGACGCGCUCGGAGGAGGCUUGCACGUCGGCCGGGAUGCCACUUAUCGGUUUAAUUGGCCAUUUCAUUUGCUUCAGCGUCGCCGUGGUCACUUACAUACGAUACACAUUUGCCUGUCCGUUCGCCCGG